AUGUCUCUGGGUGCUGACCCGCAUAAGUAUGGCGUAGCCUUGACGCCUCUACUGGGUCCACGUCAUGGUAUACAGCCGUUGUUGCGGAGUGCAAGCGCCUUUACAGAGUUUCUCAGGUUUGCGGUAUCGGCAGUACUUGAUAACGCCUAUAAUGAUGAAGAAGCUGCCAUGUUGGUUCUGGAAGCAGUUUCACGCAUGGCAAAAUGUUGCCCCGACCAAGAUAAAACGACUCUGGUUAUAUUUAGAGUCUGGGAUACCGGCCUAGUCACACUGGAAGAGAGUGUAAGAUGUAGGCAGGACAUUCGGAAUUCCAGGUUUUUCUGCGUCUUUCUUGAAGCUAAGUUGAGUUACCUUAUGGCAUACCUUUUCUCGAGCCUAAAACCUCUUCUCGAUAAACGCACGACAGGCUCCCGUAUCAAGCGCUCAUUCCCCAAACUAGAGGAAUCGUUGCCGAAAGUUCGAUUCAUUUUCGCGAUGGAAAGCAAGUCAAGAAUCUGGACCUGUGAGCGUGUUACAGCUCAAGAGGGAUCCAAGCAACUUGUAGACAAUCUCUUUGCACAGGGGGGUUCUCAGCUACAAACAAACGCGUUCAUCGAGAAGAAUACGAGAAAGAAGAAAAAGGUUUCGGGCUUUAUAUGGUCCUUGACGAGGCGUUUGGGUGUCGUGGUAUAUGAUGUUGAGUCGGCAAUGCUUUCUCUAGCUGCCGAACAGCUCAAUGUUUGCACGUGCCACGAGGCCGGAUUCCUACCACCGCCUGCACUUUUAAGAGGGCUUGAACACAUGGAAGAGUGGCCUUGUCCGAGAAUCACGGAGGAGCUGAUGGCGCUUUGA